AUGGCGGCGGGGCCCGGGGAGCUGGAGCUGCGGGCGGCCAUCGGCUUCAACGGGCAUGUUCCUUCUGGCCUCAUCUGCCACCCCAAUGACAAGGAUAUUCUUUAUCCAUUGGGGUGUGCUGUUGUAAUUCAGGACCUGGACACCAAAACCCAGUAUUUUUUACGUGGCCACACCAACAAUGUUAGCUGCCUGGCCCUGUCCAGGAAAGGGGAAUACGUAGCAUCUGGACAAUAUACUGCCAUGGGAUUCCAGGCAGACAUCAUUCUGUGGGAAUUCCACACAAAGCAAUUACUUGCUCGGCUGGCCCGCCAUAAAGGCAAAGUGGAAAGACUGGCCUUUUCAGUGACCAGCCUGUACCUCGUGUCACUGGGAGGCCAGGACGAUGGCAGCGUGGUUGUGUGGGACAUUGGGAAGAGAGAGGCUGUCUGUGGGAGCCCUGCCUCGCCUCGCAGCGCGGGCAGUGCCACCCUCCUGGUGUGCUCCAGCUCCAGAGAUGAGAUGUUUGUUACAUCUGGAAAUUUCACUGUUCGAAUAUGGGAACUGGAUGUAACAAAUAGGAAGAUCUGGCCAAGUGACUGCCAGACAGGGAGCCUGAAGAGAGUGGCUGCGUGUAUUAAGAUGGCAGAUGAUGACAAUUAUUUUUAUUUUGGCACAACAAGUGGUGAUAUAUUGAAAAUUAAUACAAAUAACAAGCUGAUGGUUGGCUGUGGACCCCAGAAGAAGUUGUUUGGCUUGGGAGUCACAGCUUUGACUUUGCUGAAGACAGGAGAUUUUAUAGUCGGCACCGGCGAAGGGAUUGUAGCUCUCUGUACAGGCUCAAACUACAGAGUCAUGAAGAAAAUUGAAGUUCAUGGUGCUGUCACUUCCCUGACAUGUAGAGGUCAGGGUUACCAGUUCUUUGUAGGGACAAGUGAGUGCCAGAUUUAUCAAGUUACCUACACUGAGUUUAAAGAGGAGCUGUUUGUUGUCUGUCACAGCGAAGCCGUCCACGACAUCGUUUUUCCUUUUGGAACUCCUGACCUGUUUGUUACCUGCUCCAGAAAUGAUAUCCGCGUGUGGCUCACUCCAGAAAACAAGGAGCUCGUACGGAUCGUCAACCGCAACAUGACCUGCAAUGCUGUGGAGGUUAUGAGGGAUGGGGAGAGCAUCAUUUCAGGUUGGAGUGAUGGGACAAUCCGUGCCUUCACGCCACAGACUGGGCGGGUGAUGUACGUGAUUAUCAAUGCCCACAGCCGGGAGGUGUCUGCCCUUGCCACCACCAGUGACUGCAAGCAGAUCGUUAGUGGAGGAGGUGAAGGGCAGGUGAGAGUCUGGGAGAUUAGUGAAAAGACUCAGAAACUGGUGGAAGUUAUGAAGCAGCACACAGCUGGUGUGUCCUGCAUUAAGAUUACGAAGAACGACAAGGAGUGUGUCACAGCCAGCCUGGAUGGAUCGUGCAUCAUCUGGGAUCUUGUGCAUUUUGUAAGAAAACAAAUGAUUCUAGCCAAAACGUUGUUCAAAUGUGUGUGUUACUAUCCUGAGGAGUACCAGAUACUCACUGGUGGGACCGACAGAAAGAUUGGCUUCUGGGAAGUGAUUGAUGGCUCUGAGGUCCGAAGUGUGGAGGGGUCUGCAUCAGGUUCCAUCAAUGGGAUGGACAUCACCUCAAGUGGGACACACUUUGUCACAGGUGGUGAUGACCAUCUGGUGAAGCUGUGGAGCUACAACGAGGGUGAAGUGACUCAUGUUGGGGUGGGUCACAGCGGCAACAUCUCCCGUCUCAAGAUCAGCCCCGAGAACAAGUACAUUGUGAGCGUGAGUGCAGAUGGUGCCAUCCUGAUCUGGAAGUACCCAGACCUGCAGUAACAGCUGCCACAGGAGCUGCUGGGCUGCUGCUUCCUUGGCCAGGCCUUUUCUGCCCACUGUUGCUGUUUUAAAGCAUUUGUACUGUUGUUCUAUUUGUACUAUUUUUAUACCCUCUGGCAUGCAUUUACCCCAUCCCUCAGAUUGCCUUUCUAGCAGUGCAUAAGUAGGUCUGUUUUUUUUCAGGGGAUGGUAAGAAUUUGCUGUUCCUUUUAGAUUCAUCACUUCUGAAAAUCCUCUUGGCUGUUGCUCCAACAUGUGCAUGUUGUUACUGUCAUGUUUCCUGGUAGUCUUCUAGCAUAGUCUUACUUGUAUGUUUGCUCGUUUGUGGUCUCUCUCUUGCUUUCGUGUGGUCUCUUUCUGUUCCCUACCCCCUUCCAUCCCUUCCUUUAAUGAAUAGCU